AUGUGGGUCACUGGAGCCCAGCACCUCCUAGCUGGCAAGAUGCUGGGCUUGGUCUUUCACACUCGACACUUGUCACUCAGUCCUAUACCGAAGACAGAAGUCUAUUCCCAAAAAUUUGAGAUACCCACAUUUACUCCAGAAAUCACCACUCAAAGUUGCUACCUCCUCGGCUUGGCCCUUCCCAUUCGACAUUCAAUUCUGCGAUGGAUAGAGAAAGUGUAUGGUGAAAAAAACAAGUUUGUCCGUCAGUCCCAGUCCGAUUUUUUUGUUCUUGGUCUUGAACUGAUGCCGUAUUCUCUAAGAACUUGUUACCGAAGUUACGAGAAGAUUGGCCUUGCUGCUCACAUUAGACAUCAAGAUGUCGGGGGUAGAAGUUGGAACUCAGAAAUUCAAGCUACUCUAACAGAAGUCUCCACGCAGACAAUGGAGGUACUCAGUGAAUUCCUGUUCGAUUUUCACAUUCGCAGCCUCGAACUGAUGGCAUUUUCUCUAGGAAUCACUGGCCGAAGUUACGAGAUGCUGGGCCUCGCCGUUCACGUUUGGCAUUCAAAUAUGCGGUGGAGUGGGGGGGUCCAUACUCAAGAAAUCAAAUUACUCUACGUAAGGCGUGGUCGUCUUUAUUCACUAUUCAAAUAUGUGGGAGCUGGAAGUUCAUACUCAGAAAAUCGAGCUACUCAGAAUCGCUACCUAAAUUUGCGAAACGUUAUGCAUCGUCCUUUUCAUUCAGCAUUCAAAUAUGUGGGGGUGGAAGUCCCCAUGCGGAAAAUCGAGCUACUCCGAACUGUCACCCGCAUUUGCGAGACGUCAGGUGUUGUCGCUCACAUACGACGUCCCAUUCUCUGGGGUGGAAGUCCACAUCCGGAAAAUCAAGCAACUCUGAAUCGUCACCCGGAUUUGCGAGACAUCAGGCAUUGUCACUCACAUACGACAUCUAAUUCUUUGGGGGACAGAAGUCUACACACAGACAAUCAAAGUACUUCAAAUCACUGGCCGAAGUUGCGAAAUGCUGGGCCUCGCCAUUCACAUUUGGCAUUUAAAUAUGUGGUAGAGUGGGGUCCACACUCAGGAAACCAAGCUAUUCGAAACCGUUCACCAAAUCUGAAUCGUCACCCGGAUUUGCGAGAUGUUAGGCAUCGUCACUCACAUACGACGUCUAAUUCUUUGGGGGACAGAAGUCUACACCCAGACAAUUGCAAGUACUCUUGGGGUCCACACUCAGGAAACCAAGCUAUUUUGAAUCGUCACCCGGAUUUGCGAGAUGUUAGGCAUCGUCACUCGCAUACGACGUUCAGCUCUCUGGGGGACAGAAGUCUACACCCAGACAAUUGCAAGUACUCUUUGCGAGAUGCUGGGCCUUGCCGUUCAUAUCUGGCAUUUAAAUAUGUGAUAGAAUGGGGUCCACACUCAGGAAACCAAGCUAUUUUAAACCGUUCACCAAAUUUUCGAGACGUUAGGCGCAGCCGUUCUUAUCUGGCAUUCAAAUAUGUGUGUGGGGGGGGACUCAAUACUCGGAAAAUUGAGCUACUCUAUUUUUCAGACGUUAGGCGCAGCCGAAUCAAAUAUGUUGGGGCAGGGGAGUUGAUACCCAGACAAUCGAGUUACUUGGGAUCGGCAUUGUAUUCAUUCUCCAUUAAUCUACAAAGGCACGGCCAGGCAAACGCAAGGCCUCUGUCCUUGACAACGACCAACUGGCAACCAAGCCGAUUUAUUGUGAUUGACGCGGAGCAAUGCACAUUCGACACCUCCCCAAUUUCUAUCAUGGCUGACAGCCACCCUUCACUACUUGCUCGCAACUUCAAAGUGCUCAACAUCCAGUUCCAAAAUGGAGAUGACAGAAUUACUGAAGAAGAGAUUGAUGAGGAUCUCGAGGGAGAACAGGGCACAAUUCCUGACCUUGUUGCAGCUGAUCUUGAGCCAGGAAAUCAUGAAUUUAUGAAGAAAUGGAAAGCAUCUGUUUUUGGAGCUUCAAGAGGUGUUACCGACAAGACAGAAGCUGAAUACCAGCGAUGUGACGAAAUCACACUCGAUGGUAAACAUCGUCCACAUAAUGAGUUUCGGGACUCCUAUGCUCAGGCUCAAAAGAUGCGAGCCGCAAUGACCCAUGUAUUUACGCGUGACUACAACCUUGGAUCAGUGCAGUGGCAUGAGAGUGAACUGGUCCCUGGACGCAUGAUGGGCAAUCCCUCUGUUUCUUCCGAAGUAGCAAAUUACAUGUCCGGCCUUCGGCGUCGAAAGGUAAAAGCCGGAGAGACACCAACAAGUGCUCGAGCAAUAACCUCUAGCAUUCUGGAGGAUCUGUAUGACUACAAUCACCUCCCGGAGAACUGGAAAAUUCAUCCCUACACACCUCUUUCUCGCCAAGAUGCUGGAAGGCUCCAUGAGUGGGGUGGUGGACUUACACGACGAGCACUCCAAGCCAUUUACACAAUUGCAUUUCUGUGUUUGCUCAGGGUGGAUGAGGUUCUUAAAAUAACAAUGGCAGAUAUUGAAAUGUCCAAGGAUCGCAUGACUUUGACGUUGCCAUAUCGCAAAACGCAUCAAUACGGAGGUGUGUAUUGA